CGUUGUUUGAUUAUCUUUUCCAGAAUCUUCCCAGGUAUUGAGGUCAGGCUGAUAGAUCUAUCAUAUAUGAGACCAGAAAUGGAUAAUCAUACUUCAGAGUUUCUUCUCUUGGAAUUCUCAAAGUUAUGGGAAAUACGGAUUAUGUACUUAACUUUGUUACUGGUACUCUAUUUAAUGACAAUAAUGGGCAAUUUUCUUAUCAUUUCUGUGGUUUCUUUAGAUUCCCACCUUCACUCCCCCAUGUACUUCUUUCUGAUGAAUUUAGCUCUGCAAGAUGUUGGUUCUGUUUCAGUCAUUAUUCCCAAAGCUGUUUUCAAUAUGGCAAUGAAUAUCAGGUAUAUUUCCUAUUCAGAAUGUGUUGCUCAAGUUCUCUUGUUUGCCUUCUUUAUGAGUUGUGAUAUUGCCCUCCUUACUAUCAUGGCAUAUGAUAGGUUUGUUGCCAUUUGCAAUCCUUUGCAUUAUGAAAUGAUAAUGAACAAAAACUUCUGUAACAAAAUGGUUGGCAUUGUAUGGAUUGUCAGCCUCAUCAAUGCUGGGCUGCAUACUAUUGGCACUUUCACUAAUCAUUUUUGCUCUAAUACAAUCAAUCAGUUCUAUUGUGAAAUCCCACAAUUACUUAAGUUUGCCUGCUCAGAUAUAUAUGUAAUUGAAUUUGGAUAUAUUAUAUUUAUUAUGAUAUUAGUAUUUGGUUGCUUUAUUUUCAUCACUAUUACUUAUGCACAGAUCUUUUCUGUUGUUUCAAGAAUCCCUUCUGUUCAGGGAAGGAAAAAGGCCUUCUCUACUUGUUUUCCCCACCUCACAGUUUUCUCCAUAUUUUUGGUUGCCUCCUCAUUUGCUUACCUGAUUCCUCGACCUGACAAACCAUCACAUUUUGAUUUUACUAUUACAAUAACCUAUUCCAUUAUUCCACCCAUGUUAAACCCAAUAAUCUACAGCAUGAGAAACAAGGACAUCAAAAUUGCUCUUUCAAAAAUUUUCACUCUGGGAAUUAGAAAAUGGACAAUGUAAUAGCAGAGAAUAAAAUAUGAAAGACGGGUUUAAUGUGAAUUCUACUAUCGAGUUUCAUACUCCUUUAGGUUAAAAUACUUGUUUUUGUAUAAAACAAAGGAUGUUAACCUGUUCAUUCUUAAAUAAAAAUGUAACAAUAAAUAUAUAAAAAUUCUGCA